AUGGUGCUGUGUGGCGUAUGUGGGAUAAAGGAGUUUAAGUAUAAGUGUCCCCGGUGUCUGGAGCAAACAUGCUCUCUAGAAUGCUCCAAGAAGCAUAAGGUAAGGGACAAAUGUUCAGGGCAAACACAUGAUCCAAAGGAGUAUGUAUCGAGUGAGACAUUGAAACAGGCAGAUGAUGAGAAACACGAACGAAACGCUUAUGUACAGAGGGACUACAACUAUUUGACACAGCUGAAGCGAAUGGUGCAGGUGCAAAAGAUGGAUGCUAGAAUGAAGAACAAGCGAGUUCUGGGGCCAGCGCGUGCUAGUGGCAACUUAAAAAGAAGAAGAUACGAUGUGGACGAGGAUGAUCGUGAUAUUAUGGAAUGUCAGAGGAUAAUUCGGAGGGGAGUGAACUGCCUGAUGUUACCCAAGGGUAUGCAGCGUUCAUCGCAAAAUAGAAGCAAGUGGGACAAGACGAUGGACUUGUUUGUAUGGAGUGUGGAGUGGAUUCUAUGUCCUGUGCAAGGGAAAGGCGAAAAAAAGGAGGCUUUCAAGCAUGUCAGUCACCGGAUCAAAGAAACAGAUUUGUUGAUCCAAGGAAUGGGCAAGAACGUUUUCCAGAAAUGCUGUGAGUUCUAUUGUCUAGCUGGAACAAGCUGUUUAGAAGAGGGCGAAGAUGGUUCGGAAACGAAAGAGGAACGCACACAGAUUCUGGAAAAGAGUGGACUUAAAUUCUACACGAAAUGGUUCCCUUACAACACCACACAUAUAACGGAUUCUAAAAAACUGGUAGAGUUGGCGAUCCAUGAGAAAUGCAUCGGAGAGUUGUUGAAAGACACAACAGUGAUCGAAUUCCCCACGAUAUUUAUUGCAAUGACAGAGGCUGACUUACCAGAAGGCUACGAGGUGCUACAUGAAAAAACGCCCAGAGUGGAGUGUACAACCGCGCUAAGCAAGUUCACUGACGAUGUAAAGGAGGAGGAAGACGCUGAAGAAGAUUCCCGGCCAACAGAGGAGUCCGUGAAGAAGAAGGCACCAGACGCCAGCAAUAGUGACAGUGACAGUGAAAGUGACAGCGACGACGACUACAACCCAGGCUUAUCCAUGGAUUUUCUCACCGCAUGA